AUGGACAUUGGUGCUGAUGGCAAGCACUCGGGGCCCCUCUGCUAUGGUGACAUCGUCUCCCUUUUUCUAACAGAUGGCCCCGAGUACACUGGCUUCCUCAGCACUCUUGGCAACAUUGACAAUCGUGUCGUUGUGCGCCCCCAAAGCUCAAAGCGCUCCGUCAAAGUGCCUCGCAAGUUUCGAGAUUGCUUGUUCCAAAUCUGGCCCAUGCACCGCUACAUGGCCCAACAGCAAUAUGAGAAAGAACUUGCCAAACGUAGCCAGGACAAGAGCUCCAAAAUUACCAUUAUGGCUGACAUGGUCUACCUCAAGCAGCUCCAGCAGGCUGCCGAGCUCGAGCGCGAGCAAAACGAACAGGAGUCACACAAGAUUCUCAAGUCACCCGUUCAAUAUGGCAACGUCAUCCAGCUCUUGCAUCUCAAGAGCAACAAGUUUCUCACCGUCAACAAGCGUCUCACUGGGUUGGUGGAGAAAAGUGCCAUGCGCGUUACGCUUGAACACGUUGGCAACGAAGGGUCUUGGCUCUCCAUCUCCCCUUUCUACAAGCACCGCUCCAUCAACGACUCGGUCUUUGUUGGUGACAAGGUCUACGUCAAAGCCGUUGGUGCCAACCAAUUGCUUCACGCCUCCACCAUGCGUCUUGCCGACAACCCGGGGUGUGCUGAAGUCAACGUCACAAACUGCCAGGACAGUUGGAAAAUCAUGCUCUAUUACGAGUAUGACAAGGAUGCGGCUGCCUAUCUAAAGGGUGGUGACGUCGUGCGCCUCUUCCACGUUGAAGAGAAUAAGCAUUUGUCUGCCGAUCGUCUCGCUCGUCGCGACGACCCCGUCUCCGUCUACCUGCGGACCGUCGGGCGCACCGAGAAGGCCAACGUGGCGAGCUCCAAAUCGCUCUGGGAGGUGGAAGUGGUCAGCGAAGAGCUCACUUACGGUGGUAACGGUCGAUGGGAUUCGUUCUACCGUUUCAAACAUCUUUCCACCGAUGAAUACCUGAUGGCCAUCGACCCAAACGUCAGCGAAGACACCCACGAGAGCAUCCGCAGUGGCAGUCGCAAGGGCCGCCGCCGGCUCUUGCUCGCCACCACCACCAAGCGCCACGACGUCAACACCAUCUUUGAGCUAGACUCGACUCAACCCAUGGGUGGAGAUGAGCGCGUGACCUCCGAUGCUUUUGUGCGGCUCAAACAUGUGGCUUCUGGUUGCUGGGUUCGGGCGCUCGAUCAGUUUCUUGAUGGCAUCGUCGGUGGCGUCAUCAACACCAAGCCCCAGCUAAUGGAGGUGGGCGCUUCCACCGAGCGCGAUGAUCGAGAAGCUUUUGCCGUCGUACCCGUCAACAACAGCGAGAUUCGCGACCUCGACUUUUGCUCCGAUACCGUUCGCGUGCUCGAGAGCAACGCACGCCGGAUCCGCAACGGGAGCAUCAGCCUCGUGCAGCGCACCCAACAGCAUCGUCUUUUGGAAGAUCUCUUGUUCUUUCUUUUGGACCUGGAAGGGCGCUCUGCCGAAGGUGUGGAUGUGACGCAACUCACGGGCCGCCCCAACAAGGACCGCCAGCGUUUGAUGCGCGAGCAGGACGUACUCAAGCAACUGUUUUAUACUUUGAAGUGCCCCUUCACAGCCGAAGCCUGCCAAGGCUGCGUCGGAUCCAUGAUCAGUGACAUGCAAGAUAUUUUUGAAGCCAAGUACAAAUGGGUUCGCGAGCUGUGCCGCCUGUGCUACACCCUGAUCCGAUUCCUGGCCAUGGACUACCGCCGCAACCAGGAAAUUAUUGCCCAGCAUUUCGGUUUUAUGCAAAGCCAGAUUGGCUACGACCUUUUGGCAGAGGACACCAUUACGCACUUGUUGAACAGCAAUCGCAAACUGAUGGAGAAGCACAUCACCCACAAGGAGGUGGACAACUUUUUGAACCUCGUUCGCAGCAAGCGCGAGCCUCGGUAUAUUGAAUGCUUGUCUGAUCUUUGUACCUCCAAUGGCACUGCGAUUGCCGGCACCCAAGAGCUCAUUUGUGCAGCCGUCCUGGAGAACCCGCGCAACGCCGACCUCUUCUUCAACACCCAAGACAAGUAUGGCGUUAUCAUGGUGGAUUGGCUUGAGGAGGGGAUUCACAAGGACAAGGCUUUGCACGACUUUGCAUCGCCCAGCAUCCCCGAAGACGAGCAAUCCCUCGACAUGUACCGUGCUCAGCUCGACCUCUUUGCGCAAAUGUGCAUGGACCGACAGUACAAAGGCAUUAACAAGCUGCGGAGCCGAAUGGAUGUUCGCUUGAUUCUCAAGGCCAUGAGCAACCCUUCGCUCUCGGACAGCCUCCGUGCUUCCUUCUGUCGCCUCAUGCUGCAUCUGCACGUUGAUUCAGAGCCUCAAGAAACCGUGACACCCGUCAAUUACGCCCGCCUGUGGAAGGACAUUCCUCUCAGCAUGGACGUCACGACCUACUCCUACCGCAGUGAUGUCCACCAAAGCCACAGCGUGCGCUUUCAAGGCACCAUGUUGUUCGUCUCGCAAUAUCUCGACGCCCUGGACGAAUCAGGCCAAGAUGCCUUUAGCCACGCCGAUCGCAACAAGCUCACGCUUGAGGUGGUGACCCUCGCGCGCUACAUGAUUUUUUUCGGAUUUUACGACUUUCAGGAGCUGGUCAAACUGGUCAAGCGCUUACUGCGCAUCCUGGACGCAACCAACGAGUCGACCCGCAUUCUUGACGACAAUAUUGAUGCAGACACGCAGGUGGUCCUGGACACAAAGCAACAAAUCAUUGAAAUUCUGAGCUUUUACAUGGACGUGCGGCUUGACUUUCGCCUCUCGCGUCUCUUGGUGUUCUUCCGCAAUACACUGGGUACCACUCGUCCGGACAGCCGCAUGAGCACAGGUGCACGCGGCUCCAUGUCCUCCACACCACCCAUGCGACGUCGUAACUCGGGCGCCUUUGGAACCGAUGUCGACCAGAAGCGGUUUCUUCGCAUGGCCCGCAGCAUCUUUGCCCAGGGCGUUCAUGACGAGCAAGAUCUCGAGGGAGAGGGCGAUGACGAGGCUGGGUACGAUGAGAGCUUGAUGCAGGAUAUUUCUGCUGCGGCCGCCACGGGCGACAUGGACGAUCACUUCACCCGCGCAUUUCUGCGUGUUCUCCUCAACCUCACCGUUUUGGAUCACAGCGACGUUGUUUCUGGGGCUCUCAAACUGCUCUUCCGCAACUUCAAUCAACGCCGCGAGCUCAUUGAGGCCUUUCAACAAGUGCAGCUCCUCGUUUCCGAGACUGACGUUGAGGUUUAUCGCAACACUCGCAAAGACCUGGAUCGUUUACGCUCGAUGGUUGAAAAGAGUGAGCUCUGGGUGUAUGCCAUGGAAGACGGCAGCUCGGCUGCGGCUGCGGCUGCCCAGCAAAACUUUGCUGUCAUCAAGCGCGUCCUCGUCAACGUGUCUGAGCUGUGCCUUGUCGACUUCCGCGAGUCACGACUUCAUCACCAGCGCCUGCUGCGCAAUCUCAAGGCGCACUCGGAGAUCAUGCAGCUGCUGAAAAUGCCCUGCGACGUGAGCGACCCAGCCAUCCAGGACAUUCAUUGUGAGGCCCACAAGUUCUUGCAGGCCUUUUGUAACGGGAACAAGGAGAAUCAGGCGGAGAUGAGUCAGCAUGUGGGCUAUUUCAUCGACCAAAUUCGCGACGGCGCCGAGAUGGCAGACGAGACGCUCAUCUCCAUUUAUGCCAACAAUAGCGACCUGUGCCGCAGCGUGAGCAAAGCCACUCUCACUGCUUUUAUGGCUGCCGUGGGUGUGCGCGGCAUGCGCCGUGUCUCACAUAUCCGCUUCCUCAAGACCAUCCUCCGUCCCGACGGACAGGUCUUGCCACACGUGCAAACUAUGGUCAUUGAGGCCAUGGCCAGCGUGGCAGCUGACUUCUUGCAGUUUUACAAUGAUCCCACUGCCUUUCGACAGCUGGAGAUUCUACUGCGCGAUGCCGAUGAGGACCUGCUCACGACGCGGCGCGGUGAUCCGACGGACGAGCUUCUGUGCCACAUUGAGUUGAUUGAGCUUAUCUCCCUUUGCACUGAGGGCAUGAACUCAAACACCGAGCGGCUCUGCCAGUCUCUCGUGCCUCUUGAUGCCGUGGUUAUUCGCCAUCCAGACACACCGCCGCAGGUGAAGGUACCCUAUACUUUCUUCUUAAUCCACUGUUACCUCGAGACGGAGGUGGAGGUGAAGGAGCUGCAUAGCAGCAAUGACAUGUGGCGUCUCUUGGACAACUUUGUCGAGGAUAUUGAACGCUUUUGCAGUCCCGACUACGACAUGGGCAUUUCCUCCUUCAACGACUACGUCACAGAGUGCAUCACCAACGCGAUGCGUCUGUACUUUCGCAUUUUGACCGACUCCGAGUACGGGGCUCUGCCCAAUACGUCCAAGGCAACAUUUGUUCGGGUGGUGCAGGCCAUGUGCACCCUUGCGGCGAAGACGGCACAAGUCCGGCUCAUGAACGUCAACAUCAUUACCACCCUCAACCUUCUGGUGGACUUUGCACACCAUCGCGGGGUUCAACUGGGGAAUUUACUAGAAGCGCAGGUCAAAGAGACGGUUGAGACUUGCAAGCACGGCCCUGCGAACAGCAUCAGCAAGUGGGUGCGCCGGGCGAAGAAGCGAGUCGAGGGUUCUGACUCGCUGGCCGAGGCCAAGACAUCAAGCGGUGCAACUAAAGGCCGCCCAACAAGCGCAGAUGGGGAGCGCAGCAUGGCCAAGCAGGUCGUGGACCAGCUUGAGCACAUGAUUCACUUUUUGGUGCGCUCGUUAACACCAUCCUCGCGUGUUGAGGAGUCCAUUUUGGUGGACGUCCUCCACCACCCACAUCGUCUGCGAGAGAUGGACAGCGGGUUGGACCAAGAAGUCUUCCUGGCCAAGCUGAUCGCGCACAUUCGUUGCCGUGACAGCGACGACCCAGACAGCGUUGACAAGGACCUACGCCUGCAGGUCUUGAGCGUAUUGAAUCGCAUGCUUAGUCCCGAGUUGUACACGGGCGAUGAUCGCACGCUGCGCCUCGCUCUGCUGACCACCUUUUUUGACGACGAUGCACUGUCGGACCCCACGUUUCAUUUGAAUCCGACGGAUACGCUCGAGGUUUCAGAGGCGGUGCAAGAUUUGCUGGAUCACAGCGGUGCCUCGGUGCUGGUCAUCGAGCUCAUUAUGACGUCUGAUCACACUCAAACCUUUUAUGAGGUCGGCUCCCAAUCGUUGGCUGUGGACGUUGUUGACUGGAUUGCGUCUGGCGUCUCGCAUGCAGACCGGACCGUGUAUUCUGACGUCGCGUUGCUUGCAUGUCCUUGGUGUUGUUGGCAGGCACUGCAACUGGGUAUUAAUCUUCUUGAGGAUGGCAACGAAAACACGCAGGCUUCUUUUUAUGAAUUUUUCCGAGCCAACGACUCGACAAACUUUUUUGCCAAAAUUCAGGACAAAAUGGCCAAGUCCAAGCUGGAUCUCAAGCAAGAUGAGGACAGCGUCAAGCGGGAAAAAUCGGCUGAUGAUAGCUCUUGCAUGGUGGCCAUUCUGCGCCUGCUUCAGCUCCUGUGUGAGAACCACAAUAGUCAGCUGCAAAACUAUCUUCGCGUGCAAAAGGACAACAAAACAUCAUACAACCUUGUCCUUGAGACGGUCAAAUACCUGGACAACUAUGGCUUGGCCCUGACUCUGUCCGAUCAAAACGUGGGCAACAUUGUGCAAGCCCUCUCCACCCUGACCGAGUACUGUCAGGGCCCAUGCCCAGCCAACCAGGAGACCGUGGCCAGCCACGAGUCGAACGGUUUGGACAUUGUUGUCAAGGAGCUGCUGCUCUACGAGUUCCCGGAGCUUGAAAAGGGCCUGCGAGCCCGGCGGCGCAUGCGCACGCGACCGGAGCUGCUCCUCGAGGUCAAAAAGCAAGCCUCAGCCCUCCUGCUGUCCGUCAUGGAGUCGCGCCAGGACGAAGCCUUGGCGCAUCGCAUCUUGUUCAACAUGGAUAAGCACCAGCUGGUCAACAUCAUCUACAAAUUGUACGCUGCUAUGGAGGAUGACGACGAUGCGGAGCGUGACAUUACAUGCACGUCACCGUGCGCGUGCCCUCAAUGUCGCCGCGAUGUGGGCCACAGCAUCUACGUUCUGGCUGUGACGCUGGCGCACCGCAACGCCGAGCUGGCGCGCUUGCUGCAGCAGCGCAACCUUAUCCCUGAUAAGGAGCAAGAGGAGGCUGAAAAGCAGCCUGUCGUCGAAAACACGCCCAUGCAACGAGCCAUUGCCUACUACGCGCAGUACACAGAUUCGAUUGAAAUUUACCGCAAUGGCCGCCUUGAGCAGAUUCACUUUCCCAUCCCAGCCAUUUGUAACUACCUUUCGGACAACUCCAAGGAGAAAGUGCUGCUGGAAACCGACGUUGAUGAGCAGAAUAGCAAGAUUCCCGAAUUCUUUCAGUCGGUCUUUCUGCUGUACGAGGAGAUGAAAUGGCAGAAGCGUCUCAAGUCGCGUCAGCGCAUUUACGAUGUCACCGUCCUCUACUCGCUCUGGAAGUCGCAGGCCUUUGUUUUGGGUCUCUUGCUCAAUGUGUUGGUGGCGGGCACAUUUCCCUAUGACACCUUUGAGAUGCAAAGCUCUUGGCGCGUGUUGUUGCUCCUGUACUCUUUGGCUUUUCUGGGCUGGGUGGGGACCGCCGUGUGCUGGGAUGUGUGGCGUCGACGCAACCAAAAGCUGCCUGUCUCGGAGCGCAUCGUCCAGCUUGAAACCCUUCUGAACAAGUGGAAGCGUCGGGAUGAGGAGGAAGAUGAGGAGGAGCAGAGCCACAUCUCUUUGGACGACUACAACUGGCGUGCGCUGCAGCUGGCCGUUGUGCUCACUUCCUUUGCCCUGGUCUUUUCCAACGUGGUCGCGCCUGUCAUCUACACGCUGGGCGUGCUGCAGGUGAUCAAUUCGUUGAUCAUGUUGGUGAGCUUCUUGGGCAGUCACAUGUCGACCUACCUUGAAUCCGAGGCACGAAGCUCUACCCGCGAGGAGGAGGGCGAUGAUGAUGUUGCCCGCGUCCGGGUGGACCGCAUGCUGAACGAUAAGAGCUUGAUCUACCAUGUCGGCUAUGUCUGCGUCACCAUUCUGGGUCUUUGCUGGGACUUUUUGCCGAUUGAUGAUGUGGCCUUUGGCACCUUUUGGUUCAGUUUGCUGCUGGUGGACAUUGUGUUUUACAACCCGACGCUGCGUACUGUGAUUGAGUCUGUGACGAAGAACGGCAUGUCCAUCUUGUUGACAUCGCUGUUUGCGUUGAUCUUCGUGUACAUGUUUUCAAUUCUGGGUUACAUGUACUUCCAAGAUCAUUUUAUCAUGGAUGUGGACGACGAGUGGGGCGAGCAAGACAACGUGCAGCAGCGCGAGCGGGCCUGCGACACGCUUUUUGCUUGUAUCAUCACGACACUGAACCAUGGCUUGCGCAAUGGCGGGGGUGUCGGCGAUGUGUUGCGGCAGGUCGGCCGUGGCGAAAGCAAGUUUGGGGCGCGCGUGGUGUAUGACAUGUCCUUCUUCUUCUUCAUGAUUGUCAUCACGCUGAACCUGAUUCUCGGUAUCAUUAUUGACACCUUUACGAACAUUCGUGAGGAUAAGGAGAAAAAGAUGGAGCGAUUGCGGAACACGUGCUUCAUCUGCGGCCUGGAGCGGUCGGAGUUUGAUGCCAAGGGUCAAUCCUUUGAGAUGCAUAUCAAGCGAGAUCAUGAUUUGUGGUCGUAUCUCAACUUUAUCGUCCUGUUGCUGACCAAGGAUGAGACGGAGUUUACGGGUCCGGAGAGCUAUGUUUUUGAGAAGCUGAACCCACGCGACGCUGAUUUGAGCUGGUUCCCACGUCUGCAGGCCUUGUCACUGAUUUCCUCCGAUGCCGAGAACGACGAGCAAGCCAUGCUGCGCAACUUGAACAACAAGCUGCUGGAAAACACCAAGACCAUGCAAUCUCUGCAGGCUCAGCUCAGCAGUCUGCAAAAGAGCGUGGCCAAGAGCCGUCGUCGUCACAAGACGGACCUCAUCUCGGGUUAGAGAUGGGGGGGGGGGGGGGGGAACCGGGCGGCAAUCAUGCAGCCCAACGUUCACUUUCAUCGCGACGCAUGGAAGAUGAACAAGCUUUCAUGUUAAAGAGCGCAGAUAUCAAGACAAAUUUUCAACCCUUUUUUUUUUCUGCCCGUAUGGGUGACCAAGAAGUCGUGGUAAUUUCGCCUCCAGGAGGCAUCUCGGUCCUCAACCUUUUUUUUUUCUGCUUUGGCUGAGGGUGUGAAGCCAGCAGCUCGGGGACAGAAGAAUAUCACCACCGCAAACAAUCGAUUUGAUAGUUG